UUUUGGCAGAACCGGUUGAUCGGUUUGGGUGGUUCUCGCGUUUCGUCUACGUUGCUGGGUGGCGAACAUGUGUUGAAGAAGUGGAGCAGCAGCAAGGCACAGUAACGGGGAGGCCAAUCUAAAUUGUCAUUUGUUUUCAAUUUAUGAGCAUUUCGUGCAGUAUUGGAAAGAAGUUUUCGCUGGUAUUCGGUGCGAUUAGUUCGAACAGCAUUCUUUGUUCAAGAACUUGUGCUAAGCGACGGAGUGGCCGCGCAGGAACGCAGCAGCAAAAAAUGAGUCUCGAUGAGACGGUACAAGUGAUCAUACCAUUGGUGAAAACCAUCAGCAGUUUAUCUUUUCGAAAUCUCAACUACACGGUCAACCAGAAUGGGAAGAAGCAACAGCUGUUGAAGAAUAUUUCUGGUACGUUCCGUUCCGGGCGACUGACUGCAAUUAUGGGCCCUUCCGGUGCGGGGAAGUCUUCGCUGAUGAACGCACUGAGCGGUUUCAAAACCGAGAACAUCACGGGGCAUAUCCUGAUCAAUAACGAAGUCGUAGAACGUCACAGGUAUCGACGGCUGAUUGCGUACAAUACUCAGGACGUGCCUCUCCUUCAGAACAUAACCGUCCAGGAAACACUUCACUACGCGGCAGAUCUCAAACUGUCGUCCAAUGUCACCCGAAUACACAAAACCAAAAUUGUAAACGACAUAAUCGCCCUGCUGGGGUUGGCCAAGUGCGCCCACAAUCAGGCACGGGUGCUUUCCGGUGGGGAACGAAAGCGACUAUCGAUCGGACUGGAACUGGUAUCGAAUCCGAAGAUUAUGUUCUUCGACGAACCCACCAGCGGACUGGACAGUGAAUCGGCGUUCCAGGUGGUAUCGUACAUGAAGGAUCUGGCCAAGCAGGGCCGGUGUGUGGUUAGUGUGAUCCAUCAGCCAAGCUCCGAACUGCUGGAGCUGUUCGACGAUAUCUAUGUGGUGACGGAUGGACGGUGCAUGUACCAAGGGUCGUUGGAGGACAUGAUCGGGACGUUGGCUGGAGCCGGGUUUGAGUGUCCGCAGUAUUACAAUCGGGCUGAUUUCGCUAUGAAAGUGGCAUCUACCAUCAACACGGACCCAGAUAAAAUCAAUCCGCUUCUGAAACAGAUGGAAUCCGCCAGCAGUGACCAAAUGAAUGGGUUCCACGACGAGCUGAACGACGGCGACCAGCUACUGAACGAAUCUAGUCGACGGGGUUCGAGUCCCCAGUAUCCGAUAUCGCAGUUGCGCCAGUUUUGGAUUCUGACCCGACGAACGGCCCUGGGCACGUUCCGCAAUCUCACGCUGACCCGGUUGCGAUUUCUCGGGCAUGUGCUGUUCGGUCUGAUUGUGGGUUCGGUGUUUUACAACGUUGGGAAUAACGGCGCCAAAGUGCUGGCCAAUAUUAGCUGUUUGAUUAUGAUACUGAUGUUCAUAAUGUUCUCCAACGCAAUGACUGUGGUACUUACUUUCCCGCUGGAAAUGGCGGUAUUUGUGCGAGAGCACAAAAGCAACUGCUACUCAGUGGCUGCGUACUUCUUUUCGAAACUUGCGGCCGAUUUUCCGUUGAUGCUAGCCAGUGUGACAUGCUGCCAGGUGAUUGUUUACUAUCUGAGCGGGCAGUUGGACGAAACCCAGCGGAUAGUGAUGUUCUGGGCCAUCUGCGGACUGAUGGGAUGGACGGCGCAAAUGUACGGAAUGGUGGCCGGGUGCAUAUGUCCAGUGGAUGUGAGCGCGUUUGUGGUUCCCAGCACGAUAGUUCCGAUGGUGCUGUUUUCGGGAUUUUUCAUUCGAUACGGGGAGCUGUUGGACGUGUUCAAACCGCUGACGUACGUGUCGCAGUUCCGAUAUGGGUUCGAAGGGCUGGCGUUGGCCACGUACGGAUUCAAUCGGACGGAGAUUGCAUGCGAAGAUAUGUUUUGCUACUACAGGAAAAGUAAAAAAGUGUUAGAACUGUUAGAAAUUCAAAACAGCAACUAUUGGUACGAUGUGGCGGGACUCGGUGUAUGGAUUGUAGUAUUGCAUCUGUUAUUGUAUGUUAGUUUAAAAUUAAGACUUAGGUGGACUCAAUAGAAAUAAGGAAAAGUUGAAACGGUGCUUCCAAAUUUUAUUUAGAUACAUAAAAUUCAAGUCAAUUCAAGGUCUGAUUCGAAUAGAUGAAUCUGUUACUAACGUUACCUCAUAGUCUGCAUAGGUCUCUAGUUUUAAGCUAGCACAAACUGCCUUGUACUUCACACGUACUAACAAAAUAUGUGACCAAUUAAAUCCGAAUCUGGUGGAUUCAGUUUUCGGUAAGAUGAGUAAUAAAUGAUCAAAAACCUC